AUGGCGACAGCUGAAGAUGUGGAUCCAAUCAUAUACCCUGCAUACUGCUUCAAGGCCUCGCCAACACACUUCGCUUGGGUGAAGAUGGCGAUAGCAGAUGUGCACCGACUAAAGAAACCCAGGAACUUUGAAGGCCAAAAAGUAUUCUUCUACAAAAACCACCCAGUGCGCUUCGUCACCGUGGCAGGUCUCAUCGUAUCCAGAACAGAAGUCUUUCGCCGCACAAUCCUCACCCUAGAUGACAGCAGCGGCGCAACGAUCGAAGUGGCAGUCCUCCACUCAACCGAUCCAAAGCACACAGCAUCAACUGUACCAGCCCCAACAGCCGCCCAAGGUCGCGGCCCCGCAAUCCAAGAGGGCGGCGGCAGCGGCAGUAUGGAAGACUACGAGGCCGAUCAGGCCGCGUUCACCAUCACGGGAGAUUCCAGCGCCAGCGCCCUUCAAGCGGCGAUGGCGCGAAAAGAGCCGGUGCAUACGACCGCGACGGAUCUGACGAUCCUCGACAUCUCGGCUCUGGUCCCUGGCGUAACGGUCAAGGUCAAGGGGACGCUCGGCUCGUUCCGGUCGAUUAUGCAGCUGCACCUGGAGCGUUUUACGGUGCUGCGCGACACGAAUGCGGAGAUGCAGUUUGUUUUUGAGCGGCUGCAGUUCCUUGUUGAGACGCUUAAUGUGCCGUGGGUGCUUUGUGAGGAGGAGGUUGAGGAGUUACGUGUUGAGGGGCGUGAGGCGGCGUUGCGGGAUGUGGAGGAGAGGGAGAAGGCGCUGAGGAAGAUUAAGAGGAAGGCGGAGAGGGAGGAGAAGGAUGAGAGGCAUAUUGCGAGGAGGUAUAAAGCUGAGGAGCGGGAGCGGGAGAAGGAUGCGGGCGCUUGUAGGGAGGAUGGCAUUCGGGUUAUGAGAGAGAUUUGGGAGAGGAAGAGGUCUAGGUUGCAGGGUGAGGGAGGGUCAUAA